AUGGGUUGCGGAAUGAGCACAGAGGAGAAGGAGGGCAAGCAGAGGAACGAGGAGAUCGAGAACCAGUUGAAGAGGGACAAGAUGAUGCAAAGGAACGAGAUCAAGAUGCUUCUGCUCGGUGCCGGAGAGUCGGGUAAAUCCACGAUUCUCAAGCAGAUGAAGCUCAUCCACGAAGGCGGCUACUCGCGCGACGAGCGGGAAUCUUUCAAGGAGAUCAUCUUCAGUAACACAGUGCAGUCAAUGCGCGUGAUACUAGAAGCCAUGGAGUCGCUCGAACUACCCCUGGACGAUCAGCGCGCCGAAUAUCACGUUCAGACAAUCUUCAUGCAGCCAGCACAGAUUGAGGGUGACAGCCUACCGCCAGAAGUCGGCAAUGCCAUCUCCGCGCUGUGGAAGGAUGCCGGUGUUCAACAGUGCUUCCAGCGGUCACGGGAAUACCAGCUCAACGACUCGGCGAAAUACUAUUUCGAUUCCAUCGACCGCAUUGCCGCACCCGACUACAUCCCUAAUGACCAGGACGUCCUCCGGUCACGUGUCAAGACCACUGGUAUCACCGAGACGACCUUCAUCAUCGGCGACCUAACAUACCGGAUGUUCGACGUUGGUGGGCAGCGGUCCGAGCGAAAGAAGUGGAUACAUUGCUUCGAGAACGUCACGACCAUCCUCUUCUUGGUUGCCAUCUCGGAGUACGACCAGCUGCUUUUCGAAGACGAGACCGUGAACCGCAUGCAGGAGGCCCUCACACUCUUCGACUCGAUCUGCAACUCGCGGUGGUUUGUCAAGACAUCAAUCAUUCUGUUCCUCAACAAGAUCGACAGGUUCAAGGAGAAGCUGCCCGUCAGCCCCAUGAAGAACUACUUCCCUGACUACGAGGGCGGCGCAGACUACGCCGCGGCUUGCGACUACAUCCUCAACCGUUUCGUUUCCCUUAACCAGCACGAGACCAAGCAGAUCUAUACGCAUUUCACCUGCGCGACAGAUACUAUGCAGAUUCGAUUCGUGAUGGCGGCCGUCAAUGACAUAAUUAUCCAAGAGAAUCUCCGCAUGUGCGGUUUAAUAUAA